CCCCCGCGAAUCGAUGCCCCUCAUUCACAUUCUCGUCCGCCUCAAACCACCACUACCCACUGCCCAGAGUACCAAUGCGCGCAUCCGUCUGCGCACUUACCAAUGGGAUGGGCAUGCGGACGUCGAGUCGUCGACAAAGUGGCAGCAGCAGCUCUUCUCCACGGGUGGCUGCUGCUUCGUGAGCUGCGAGCUGCGAUUUCAUUCGCUACUGCACUCUACAUUAGUUCGUGCAUGCAAGAUGGAUGGAUGACCGCUGGCGCAGGCUGUAGGCUGUGGGAUCUCCGUCCCUCGUCGCAUUGGGGUCAGCCAUCUAGCUCGAGCUCCAGGUCGUCCCCCCCACCCGAGAACGAAACUUUUCCGACGGUGAGGUUUAAUAUCGUCAGCCUGAUUGCCAGCGAAGCUUGAAAAUCUGCUCUGCCCCGCCCUGUUUCGGGUCGGGCUGUUUUUCUGCGCAGAGCCUGGGAGGGAUUGGGUUGGACCGUUGGUUCCUGCGAAAUCGGUAGGAGCCAGCAGCA